CGGUGCGGACCUCGGAGAGCCUGGUCGCCAGCCCGCGAGCCAGUCUCGGUCCUCGCGGCCCGCCGAGGCUCACGGCCAUCCAGCGACCCGGCGAGCGGCCUCAGGCCCUGCCAUGGGGAAGACCAACAGCAAGCUGGCCCCAGAGGUGCUGGAGGACCUGGUUCAGAACACCGAGUUCAGCGAGCAGGAGCUGAAGCAGUGGUACAAGGGCUUCCUGAAGGACUGCCCCAGCGGCAUCCUUAACCUGGAGGAGUUCCAGCAGCUCUACAUCAAGUUCUUUCCCUACGGCGACGCCUCCAAGUUUGCGCAGCACGCUUUCCGCACCUUCGACAAGAACGGCGACGGCACCAUCGACUUCCGGGAGUUCAUCUGUGCCCUUUCGGUCACCUCCCGCGGUAGCUUUGAGCAGAAACUCAACUGGGCCUUUGAGAUGUACGACCUGGAUGGCGACGGGCGCAUCACGCGCCUCGAGAUGCUGGAGAUCAUCGAGGCUAUCUACAAGAUGGUGGGCACUGUGAUCAUGAUGCGCAUGAACCAAGAUGGGCUCACGCCCCAGCAGCGUGUGGACAAGAUCUUCAAGAAGAUGGACCAGGAUAAGGACGACCAGAUCACGCUGGAGGAAUUCAAGGAGGCGGCCAAGAGUGACCCAUCCAUUGUACUGCUGCUGCAAUGUGACAUGCAGAAGUAGAGGCUGGUGAGGGGCAGGGCCCCUGGCCAGGAGGGGCGUGGCCACCUCCCAACCCACUGAUCUCUCAGGGGGAGGGGUACUCUAGCCUCACUCUCUGGCCCACCCACCCCUCUGCCCAAGCCCUUGCUCCCCUCAGUCGAGAUCCUUGAGGGACCACCUCACCCUGGAAAAGAGACAGAUCCUCAGGUAUUCUGUGGUCUAGCCCCACCCCCAGUCUUGGCCCAGAACCAACAUCCACUGGGCAUAGGGAGUUGGCUUUUGCCCCAAGAGGCAGGACUGAGGAAGGGGGGCUGAGGGUCUGCUUUGGAAUUCUGUUCUUCCUGGGAUUAUGGUUUACAGGAUGUGGUCUCACAGAUCCCAGUUAAAGGGCCAAAGUGGGUCUGUCCUUUGCUGAGGACCUAAAUUCCUUGAAGGUGGUCUCUGCCCUGCCCCCUCGACUCUACCUGGCCCCUCCGGCCCCAGCCUUUGGAGCAUUCAUUCAGUCCUUUCUUCACUUAACAUUUAUUGAGCACCUGUUUGAUGCCAGGCACCUCUAGGUGCUAGGGUUAUGGUAGUUUACAAGACACAUUCUGUGCCCUCUGGAAGCUCCUAAGGGAAAUGAGGCAAACUUCCAGUGGUCAGAGUCUCAGAUGGGAACGUCCCACACAGCUGAGCAGAGGGUGUGCUAAGGCCAGUUAGUUUGAAAGGAACUAUUAAAUCUUUCAGCUCAGCUCCACCCAGAGCGGCAGAGGGAUGAAAUGAAAAGUAUUUGGGUGUCUAGGAGUGGAAGGUUUGUGAAAGAAACACUGAUAUUUAUGUAAUACUUAUUUUUUUAGCACCCUUUAAAAGAGCUAAAGUCAUUUUAUUAAUUUAGGAUAUUAAAGCAUACUUUAUAUUACUGGGUUUCUUGUAAAAUGAUGAAAUGAAUAUAGAGAAUGCUAACUUGGGGGGGCGGUGAGGGAGAGCUGAGAAAAAAAAAAGAGGGAAAAUACCAGCAAACUUACCAAGUAACACUUUUUUCUUAUCAGACUAAGUCCCGAGGUGUCACCAUCAGCAGCUUCUGCUGCUUCCUUUUUAAUGACCUUUUUCAAUUCACUGAGUAACUAUCCUGCACUUGCCCUGGUUGGAUGCUGACUUCAGAAACAGAAAAAAAAAAAAAAAAAGCAAGGUUUGCUGAGUGUGAGACAAGGGUAGCUUCCACAUCUUGGUAGUUCCUUUCUGGAUUUGGUCUAGUUUCAAGGGUGGGCUUGUUCUUUCUGCUAUAGAAACAGAAGGAGCUAGGAGAAAAGGACUGUUUAGGUUGCCAGACUGCGUUUAUGGGACCAAAUGCCUAAAAAUGUGCUGGGGACAUGCUCUUUCUAACCCCAAAUCCUCAGCCUGCCAGGUAAAUUCAUCAUCUUCCAGGUGCACUGGCUUUGCUUUCUGCUUUUGGUCAAUGAGCUAUACAGCUGCAUGCUUUGACUGCCAGAAAAUUAAUCUAGCUUCUUCAAGCCUUUCACUUUAUUUCCUCCUGUACUUGUGAUCAGAAAUUAGCUUCGAUGUACAGUGACAGAUUUCCUUUUGAACUGCUGAUGAAAACAGUCUAGCACACAGGUGCUGUCAGCCCAGGGUAGGAGCAGGGAGUGAUCACUGAGUCAGCGGUGCGAGAUUGCAUCUCCGGGAAAGAGACGUGACGUCUCUUCUGAGUGCUCAUCUGUCCUCCCUCUCUGCAGGUGGAAACUCUUGGGGACUCUGAUCUUUGGUCCCAAACUCCCUUGGACCGUCCUUCUUGCUGCCCUUGGAGGUAGCAAGGCCACUUUGUUGCCACUCUCUUUCUAUCUUCUGCCUAUGACUGGCCAUGUGGUAAGGCCAGGAAUUUAUAUCAUCAGGCUGUAACCAGCAGAUUUUUAUCCAGUAAUGCCUCAAGGAAUGUUCCAUUGCUCUAAAGAGCUGGUCAUUAGAUGUUCUUGUGCUACCAGUCAGCACCGCAGACACACAGAUACUCUACAGCCUGGCUCAACUGAGACUUCUGGUAAAGGCUUUUCACAAAGUGGGAUUCCUGCCCCCGCCAAAUGUUGAAUCUAACCUAACUCAAAAUCACACAGAACUUCACAGCUUUCAAAGGCCCGCCAUCUACUCCAUCUCAUCCUAUCCCCCAGCCUGGGGAAAUAGAGAUUUUCAUUCCCUCUCUCCAGACUUGGGAAGUGAGGUACAGAAAGUGGGAAUCCCUUGUGAGAGCAAACGGUCGGGGAUGGCACGGUGCCAAGACUUGAACCCAAGGCUCGAGGAGGCUUUCUUCCUUUAGAGUCUCUCCCUCCUCAUCUCUCUGACUCGGAGUCAUACAAAGUUGACUGUGGGGCCAGCUAAGUUAGUUUUGGUCUUUGACAAGCUUCCUGCUAAGAAGUUUCUGAGGCGGUGGUCUUCCAAAAAGAAAAGGAGCUUGGUUGAACUCCCAACAUUUUCAAGCACCUUCUGUCUGCUUCUGGGCAGCUCUGCUAACAGGUCAGUGCUGUCCUGGGAAGCCUCUGACUCAGAACCGCAGAAGCAUCUUGCACUGUCUUUACCACCAUAUUCCUCCCCAGGAGAACUAUUCUUGUUUUUCUUAAGCUGGUGGGCAAGUCCUACCCAUGAGAGCAUGUUUGAUAAUUCCAAGCUUUUAGACAUAUGCCGUGGGUGAUAUUUGCCAGUUAGGCCAAAGAGUCUCAGACAGCCCAGCAGUGUGAACACAUAAAGCCAGGCUGGGAACCAGGACCACCAUCUUCUUGAUGGGAGGAGCCACAGGCAGGCCAGGCCUUGCUCCCACAUGCUUCUGGAUGUCCCAGGCACUGUGUGCUCGGGGGCUCCUGUGGUAGAGCACCAGCCCUGCUUUGAGAAGAGAGGCAGGCCUCUGAUCCCUGUGCCACCUAUGAGUGACUUGCCAUAGAGCACAAGGUUAGGAGUCAUGGAAGCAUGACUCGCAGACACACAAAAAUACAUAGACCUUGAAAACGAUGAUAUAUUCAAACUCUCCUUCUGAAGUUUUGUAUCUUCUUGCACCAAGUCCGAAUUGAAAGGUUCCAGAAUCUACCUCCUAACUGCAUUCUAUCCUCCCUCAAUCUUUUGGGCUAAUUGAUAAGCCCCCUAUUUUUUAUCUCUAAAAAUCAUCAACAAGGUCUAUGUCUGAUGGCUGCUCCAGUCCUUUGAGCUGUAGUCAGGAUAAUAUAACUUGCCUCUGAAUCCAAAGUUAAGAAAAAGGAAGCCCAUAAGCAAAGGCACUGAAUCUUUUCCUGCCAAUUUCUAGAGGUAGAAAUUCAUCCUGCUACAGAAAGAGAGAGAGAGAGAGAGAGAGAGAGAGAGAGAGAAGAGAAAGCAAAGAUAGUGAGAGAGCACGCUGGCAUUUCUACAGGGGGUAGUAAGCUGAUGCUGUAAAUAUUUUUACACAAAAAUUUACUAAAGCCACAAAUUUUCCUGAAGAUCCACCCUGGGUGAGGUUUUGUUCUGACAUUAGAGAUCACUGUGGAAGAAAGAAUACAUUUCCUACAUAUUUUAUUUAUCAUUUUUGAAAAAAAAUUCUUUAAAUCCUACAGUUGCAAAGUUUCAGAAAAAUAUGGAAUUUUCUUCCUGAAAUUUUCAAGGGUUUCUUUUACUUUUGCCAGAAGGUGGGGCAGGACUGGGCCUCCCAGGGUGUAGGAACCUUCCUGCUUGGUGGAGGGGAAAAGCGGAGCUGGGUGGCAGAGGAGGGCAUCCCAACUCGCUUUCUAGUAUGGCCCCCUGUCCCCUCCACAUGUGCUGCUCCUGGCUGUGGCCACAGUGACUGUUCUCACUGUUCAACCCUGUGCUGUAUGGUGUGUUUUUCACUGACCGUGAAUAAAAGGUGUGACCAUG